AUGGAUAACAGACGUUUGCCAGAGGAAUUGCAAAAAGAAAUUGUAUACUUGGACGAGAGUUACAUUCAUCAGUCCUAUAAAUUAAAAAAAUGCUGGCAAUCCAUUAAUGUCACGGGUGUUAGAGAAAAAGUAUCCAAGGGCAAAAGAUACAUUAUUGUUCAUGCUGGUAGCAGCAAAGGCUUUGUCCCAAAUGCACUGUUAAUAUUUAGUGAGAAAAAUAAAAAUGAAGAUUAUCACUCGGAGAUGAACAACAGAAAUUUUAAAAAGUGGGUGGAAAAGAAGUUAAUCCCCAAUUUACCGAACUCAUCGAUAGUGGUAAUGGAUAAUGCUCCAUACCACUCUGUGGCUAUUAACAAAGCACCCACGUCCACCACAAAGUUGGCGGAUAUAAAAUCAUGGUUGAACGGUAAUGGAAUCAGUUUCGAUAGCACAUUGAAAAAACCUCAAUUGCUUAUGCUUGUCAAGCGCCACAAGCCAGAACCCAAAUACGAGAUCGAUGAGCUUUUAGGUUCACAUGGGCACACAGUGGUUAGACUACCCCCUUACCAUUGCGACUUGAACCCUACCGAACUGAUUUGGGAUAUCGAUGACAGCAGCAGUGAAUCAUCAGAUGUUAACAGUACAAUCAAUGUGCAAGAUGACAGCAGCGUUGAACCAUCUGAUGUAGAGUUUUCAGAUGUUGAAUUUUUAGACGAAGAAUUUUUAAAUUAG